UGGACAUUUUCGACCGAGUAUUUGACAGUUUCCCCCAGAUGUCGCAUCCGAUUGAUCUAAUGCAAACAUCGAAAAUCCUUAAUGAGGUACGCCAGCCCGCGGCCGCUUGCAACACAAUAUUUCAACAAAUGUCCACAAAACUGGUUUUACUAGCACCCCAGUGACCCUAAUUAUAAGGUAUUCAUUCGCCUGGCUACUUUGUAAAUCCAGCUGGCAACAAAACUCAAAAGUUGCGUAUUACUGACAAGAUUGAAGAUAAGACAAUGGCUAGCAUAAGCAAUUUGAAGGAUCAGGCCAAGGUGUGGGAACAAGCAGAGCGGUGGCAGGACAUGGCGUUGUGCAUGAAGGAGAUGGUGGAGAUUGUCCACGCGGAGCAUGAGAUCGGGAAGCUAGCUUCAGAGGAGAGGUACAUGCUGUCCGUGGCCUAUAAGAACAUGGUGGGCUCCAGGAGGUCCGCCUUGCGGAUCAUAGCGUCCGUCGAGCAGAAGGAGGCCGACGGCUCGGAAACCCGGCAGGCGGCGAAGUGGCUACGGGAGAAGGUGGAGACCGAGAUGAAGGAGAUGUGCGACGAAGUCUUGGAGCUGCUCGACAAGUUCCUCAUCCCCAGUGUCCACAAUGCGGACAGCGAAGUCUUCUACCAAAAGAUGAAGGGAGACUACUUACGGUACCUGGCGGAAAUCACCGACGGCAAAGAGAAAGAGGAUAUUGUGAAGAAGGCCGAGGAGUCCUACAAGAAAGCGCACGAGACGGCUGUUGCCUAUAUGCCCCCAGUAAACCCCAUUCGACUGGAAGUGGCGCUAAACUUCUCAUUGUUCCACUACGAGAUACGGAAUAACCCCACAGAAGCGUGUCGGCUAGCGCAGGAGGCGUUCGACGACGCUCUAGCGGAGCUGGACACUAUGCAAGAGGAUGCGUACAAAGACAGCACCCUCAUCAUGGAGCUACUCCAAGGAAACGCCACACGUUGGGCGAGCGAGAAUUAAGAUCAAGGAGAGGACUCCCCCAUAUCAAGCGCAUUUUCGGGUCAACUCGUCUUGAGUCAACGUCAACGUCAGCUUGUUUUGCUUUUCAUACCUACUGUAUUUCUUCUGUUUGGAUUACGAACGUCCUUUUGACGUCUUUUUGACCUCAUAUUUAUAAGGAGCAAUGAACAAUUGUGCGUUUAGUCUUUUAGCAUCUUUUUCUAUAAUACAAAAUUUUGUGGACUUUGGUGAUUUUGUCAAAGUCCUAGUUUAGCGGAUGUAUUUUUGGAUCGCUCCACUUCACAUAGGUGUAUAACAGGAAGAGCCCAUUCUUGCACGGGGGGGGGGUCAAAUUCUAUUUUGGAUGGCUGGUGAUUAAAAAUUCCAUUUCUUAGCGAAGUGUUUUGGGACUCUUGGAACAGUCUAUUGUUGCAUGUUGCUGAAAUAUGCUGUAUUUGCUCUCAAGCAAAAGUUGGCCUUUCUAGUUUUAAUAUAUAUAUACUUCCCCAUUUGUCCUGUGCU